AUGUCUGGUGAAGUCAUCGCAACACCUGUUGCGAAAUAUGGCCGAAGUAGUGAAUUUGGCGUCGUUCUUGACUUCAUUCAAACUAUGAUAAGUGACGAUACUUUACGCCAAGCCUUCAACAUUCCACAUCUGGUCAUGGUCGGUAGGCAAAACAUGGCAAAAACCACUCUGAUAAACCGUCUGAUCGGGCGAUAUCUUCUCCCAAUGCGCCGCAAUGAAACCGCAAACACCUUACAGGCCCGCACUACAUAUCCCAUAAUACUCAACCUAAGAAACAGCGAGAAGAGCCUCGUGGAGGUGAAAUGCGAUCUACUGGGUCUAAGGGAAGCCGCGGAAAAUCCCAAGGAUGAUGCCGUGGAGACAUUUCUUAACCAAGUCACAGCACAUUUACCAAAGGAAGAGGGAACUCCAAUUUCGAAAACCCCUGUUAAUGUUACUCUGCAAGGUAAGAUAUAUUAUUUUAACUAGAAUUCAGAUUUCACAUAUCGAAAUCAUUUAAAGGUCCUUUUUUCCCUACUAGUCUUGCAAAUUCUUCAUUCAACUUUAUAGAAGUUCCAAGUUCAUUCUGAAAUUUAAAUUAUCUUGAACUGUUGAAGUAUUGAAGUAAUUUCGACUUCGUGCUCUUUCCUCUUCCUCAGGCCCUGAAUUCACGACUCUUACCUUGGUCGACCUUCCCGGCGCUCAUUUUGCCAAUGACGAUCUACGCAUGAAUCUCGUCACUCAAGAUUUAGUUUUGGAAUACAUCGAGAAAAACACUAACAGCAUUAUCGUCAUAGUAUCUGAAGCAGGGGACCCCACAGGUGACAGUGCAAUAAACCUUGUCAUGCAAAAGGCCCCAGAUUUUAGGAGCCGCACAAUCUGUGCACUUACCAAGCCAGAUAAGUUGAGAGAAUCCGAUGACAUGGGGAAAAGGGUGGCCAUGAAUGGAUCCAGCUUCACACUGGAUGAUAACCGAUUUAUUGUACUGCGAGGUAAAAUAUGAAUGUUCAGUGAGUUUAACUUUGAAAUGCGUCGAUAGCUUAGCUUACACCAGUAGUUAGGUUCCUCUACUGAGGGUCGCAAAAGCAUAGCUUAAGUAGUCACAUCGCUUAGUGAUAGUAAGAAAUAUAUCAGAGGAUAUCAGAGCUAAUGCAGGGUUUGGAGUAAUUUUUCCAUAAGCGGCGAUGGUGUAAUGGGCGGCUGUGCUGUAAGAUGAAACCCAGACACGAGAGCUCGAUCGCAGGCUGAACAAGGGGAGGGGAGUAAGACCGCCAGUUUUAACUGGCUUUUAUGAAAACGCUGCAAUAAGAACAAGGGUAAACACGUAAACACAAACCAAGGAGUUACGAUUGGUAUAGUAUGGCAUCUGAUUGAUCGAGGGUGUGGCUCCAAAUUUUUUUUGUAACCAACCCCUGCGUGGAGUGAGUCAAAAACGAAAGAAAUACAUGAUUUCUUUCUACACGUAAAGAGAGCGGGAAAACUCGAACCAUUGAACAGGAAUGUAUUUGGUGUAAUUCUGGUCUAAUUUAAUUUGAAAACAUUUAGGGAUGUUAUAGGAAAAAUAGCCUAUAGCCUUCGGCUUUCUUUUCAAUAUAACAUUAAGGGAAAGAUGGCACAGAUCCAGCUGAGAAGGACUGGGACGCUGAAACGACACGUGUCCAUGAAAAAGAAUGGUUUGCACGGCAUCCUCAAUACAAGGACAUUCAACAUGUCUGUGGAAUUGAUCGACUCAUGGAUAUUAUGAUCUCUUUACUGGCUGAGAAGAUGAUCACAGAGAUUCCUUUUCUGGUGACACUAAUGAAGAAGCGAAAAAAAGAGGUAAGAAAGUCGCUUACAAGUGAUGAUUAUUUUAUCAUUGCCAGGUUAGCACUCGUUUUUCUCCAUUAUAUUUAGUAUUUUUUAUAAUCGCCCCUAGAUCCGUACCCACUUGAUGAAUGAUGAUGUGUGUAUUAUGUGAGCAACAGAAAAUGACAAUAUUUUCUGGUGUCAUGUCUCAAUAUCACAACUUUUUGAUCCAAUAAGGUGGAUGAAACACUUGUGGAACUAGAGGACAGUGAGGUACCAGAGUCGAACGAAGGCAAGGGUGGAGUGGCCAUGAAACUGAAAGAAAGUCUAAUUAGAGAGUUAAAUAUUCUUCUUUUCAACAAUACUUCUGACACGGCCGGAGGGGAACGCGUCAGGCAUCUGUUUAAUUCAUUUCAUCAGGAAGUUUUCAAGGUGAGUCUUUGACAUCUUGCUUCGUCUUAAAGUCUUAAAUGUCUGUUUAUGAACGAGUUGUCAUUGUUGUGAAAUUUUGUCGCGAUGGGUUUAUUUACAUGGCACUAUGUCACAGAAUUUUUUCAUUCUACUUAGUCUUGUAUUUUCCUGAAUCUGUUUGAAUAUUCCAGCGGUCUCAUUGCAUAUUUUUAAACAUACAUGCGGUGUUAAUCUUCUGACCCAUCACAAAGCUUAAGGUGUACUGUCAGCAUACAUGCAGUACAGAGCACUAAGACCAAUCCCUGCUUUAAAUAGUUCUUUUAUCCCAAAUUAUCCCCAAAUUAAACUUGAAGCUGUAAAUUGAAUUAUUUGAGUAAAACAUCUUUGUGAACCACAUGAACAGAGAGAGGAAACCAUUAUAGGCCUCGAAUUCGCGUUUGCGAGCUCUCUCAAUGAACAAAGAUGCUCUUAGAGAUUCAAAUAUGUCUUUAUUAUGAAAGAAAAAGGAAUUCAUGGUCUAGACCCUUUCAAAACGAGCCAUCGAGACACGCUAAACUAAAGCAGUGGCUAUGCAAGUGAUUAUAACAUUUUGGAUAAAAUUUGUCACAGGUGAAUCCUCUGGAGAUGCGUAAUGACUAUGAAAUACGAAGACAAAAAAGAAAAUUGGAGGGUGUGGCUGCCCCUCUUGGAGACAGCAGUGAAAACAGUCAGCUGCUGCAGAGGCUUCUGUAUGAGAAGUAUACAGGUAUUUGAGAACUAAGCCACUCUUAACAGAGUUGUUAUGAGAAAUCAAAUGUUCUUGGGAAAACCAACAAGAUACCAUGAGAUUAGAAGGCUGUACGCCAGUUUAAAAAAACCUCAAUGCUGACAUUUGUUCUCUUCCACAUAUGAAAGGAUCCAAUGCCAAUGGUAAACCUGUAACGCGUAAGGGUCCAGUUGAUCAUUUACUACCCCUGUCAGAGAAUCUUGUCUGUAACGUCGAGACAACUCUACGAGAUAUCGUCCAACGGGCCAUCGAACAACCUUGUCAAACUUCCCAACUCUCAAACAAGCUGUUGAAGCGAAAGUCGUCAGCAAGAUUUUUGACAAGAAACGCGAACAGACCACGGAAUUCAUCCAACAAUUCCUUGAAAUGCAGAAAAAGAGCACCGAUAUCGUUUUCGCCCCAAUCCCCACACCUCGAGAGAUCAGUGUCUGGGAAGGGUUUCCUCUGGUAG